AUGUGCGCGCGUGUGUACGGCUGGGUUUUCUUCUCUUUCUCUCGCGCACGCUUUCUUUUUUGUAUACGUCACGAUGGAUCAAACAGUUACCGUUUGAUGCAGCUGGGAUGCUUGGAGUCUGUGGCCAACUCCACCGUCGCCUACUCUUCCUCGUCGCCGCUCACCUAUUCCGGCACCGGCACUGAAUUCGCCACCCCCUAUUUCUCUGCCAACCACCAAUACGCUCCCCUACACCACCAGUCCUUCCACUACGAGUUCCAACACAGCCACCCGGCGGUUAACCCCGACGCCUACUCCUUGAAUUCGCUCCACCACUCUCAGCAAUACUACCAGCAGAUCCACCAUGGAGAACCCGCCGACUUCAUCAAUUUACACAACGCCCGGGCGCUCAAAUCCUCCUGCUUGGACGAGCAGAGGCGCGAACUUGGGUGUUUAGACGCUUACCGCCGGCACGACCUCUCUCUUAUGGGCCAUGGCACCCAAUAUGGGAUGCAUCCAGAUCAAAGGCUCCUGCCGGGACCAAGCCUUGGGCUGUCGGCCACGGGAGCGGACGAUUUGCAGGGUUCGGUGGAGGCCCAGUGUGGGCUAGUAUUGAAUGGACAAGGUGGGGUGAUAAGGAGAGGUGGUACGUGUGUCGUUAAUCCCACGGAUCUCUUUUGCUCAGUUCCCGGUCGCUUAUCGUUACUCAGCUCCACUUCCAAAUACAAAGUGACCAUUGCAGAAGUGAAAAGGCGAUUGUCUCCACCAGAAUGUCUCAAUGCCUCUCUUUUGGGAGGGAUUUUGAGAAGAGCAAAAUCCAAAAAUGGAGGGCGGUGUUUAAGAGAGAAAUUGGACAGGCUGGGCCUCAAUCUGCCUGCUGGAAGGAGAAAAGCAGCCAAUGUCACCCUCUUGACAUCCUUGGUGGAAGGAGAAGCUUUGCAUUUGGCCAGGGACUUUGGCUAUACGUGUGAAACUGAAUUCCCAGCCAAGGCAGUUGGAGAACAUCUUGCCAGGCAACACAUGGAACAGAAGGAACAGACAGCAAGGAAAAAAAUGAUCCUAGCGACAAAGCAAAUAUGUAAAGAAUUCCAGGAUCUCCUAAGCCAAGACAGGUCACCUUUGGGUUCCUCAAGACCUACUCCAAUAUUAGAUCUGGAUAUUCAGAGACAUUUAACACAUUUCAGUUUGAUUACUCAUGGCUUUGGAACUCCUGCGAUUUGUGCCGCCCUCAGCACUUUCCAAACUGUUCUAAGUGAAAUGCUGAACUACUUGGAAAAACACACAGCGCACAAAAAUGGUGGAGCAGCAGAAUCCGGCCAAGGACACAGCAACUCAGAGAAAGUCCCACUGAGGAAAACGUCAGAGGCAGCAGUGAAAGAGGGCAAAACAGAAAAGACAGACUAGCAACAUCAGACAGAAUCUAUUUCCAGAGAACUUUGCUGCUGUUAUUUUUUUUAAAAAAAACAUAUAUCUAUCUAACUAUAUCUAUACAUGCCUGUAUAUCUCAUCGAAGGUGAUCUCGCUCCUGUGGACCAAACUGAAGGGGGGAAAAGAAAAAAGUUGUAAAAAAAUCUACCAAUCUGAACAACUCUACGGACAUCAACCAUGUGAUGAGACUAUCCAUUUUUAAGUGUUGCUCUUGAAACUGCGAUGUGUGUGUCUGUAUGUGUGUGGGUGUGUACGCGCGUGCGUGCACACAUAUUCAUUCAAUCAUUCCAAACAUUACAUCAAUACACAUUUUCUUGGCAUUUCCAGACUCGAAAAUGCCAUUCAGAAUCACAAAAAUACAUGAUCAUGGGAUACACUUGUACUAGUGGGGAAAAUUGUAUCGCACCACCCAUCUGAUGGAUGAAACACGAAAGAACGCCUCUUUUCACUUCUGACAUCAUAUGAAAGACCCCUGACUGAAAGAUGAAAAACCUCAGAGCUCUUAAGAGUACAACCAUCACGUUGCCAGGACUGAUGAUUUGAGCCCUGGGAAUUUAUAAAUAAUCCUCAUCAGAGCUAUGUCAAAGUCCACCAAGAUCGAGUCCUUCUCAUUCAAGGAUCAGCCUCAGGAUGACAUCACAGAUUAGAAUGAAUGAGCCUGGACUUUAAUCUAUCACCUGUUUAUUUCUGCUUAGUAGAAGUCAAAUGAUACAUUCAAUGAGUAUCUUUCUUAUUUGCGUUUCCACUUAUUAGCCCAUUUUCAUCUCAGCAAGAAAUGAUAUACAGUCACGUAUUCUGCUGGUUCAAAAGAAGGAAGUGGAGAGGACUAUUGUAUUAUUUUGAUAUUUCUGGGGAGUUUUGCUUUCUUUUUCAUAACAGCUCUGAUUCAACACCAUAUGUUCUCCAAGUGGUGGUGGUAGAGAACAGGUCCAGGUUAGUCUUCCUUGCUCUAGUUCUCUGAGGCAUAUCUCCAGGAAUGCUUGAAAGAAUAAUAGUAUAUGCUGAGUGGUUGAAAGUAGGUAGGGUCUGGGCAUCGUUGAAUAGGCAAGAUUCUCCUAGCACAGUCUGCAUAAAAAGUGCCCAUUGUUGCAGAUGUUGUCUUGUCAUAGACAAACUAAGGAUGUAAAAAUAAACUAAGGUGACCAUCCUUAGAAGACAUACUCAUGUAUGGGUUCCUGGCUCUCAUACUGCCAUGGUGAUAUGAGUGAUAUGCUUACAGAAGCAGUGAAGAGUUCUUUUUAAUCCAGGAGGAAAGUAAAACUUCAAAAAGUAAAAUCUGCCCAUUCAAGUCACCUAGGAAAUUUAUAUGAUAAUAAUAUAGAACUUGGUUGCCAUUGCCAUUUUUCAAGGUUUUUUUUUUAAUAUUAUAUUUAUCAGGAAAUUAAUGCCCAGCUUCCUGUUUGUGGCAGUUUAUAACUAUCUAAUUUAGUCUAGUCUAAAGGCCUGGGGUUUCCUACCUAAGUAUUAACCUAAACUGCUCCCAUUAACUUUUUGAGAUCAGCCAAGAUUGGUUAGAUUUACUUGUCAGGACUGAGUCACAAAUUAGCAGUAUAGGUAAUCCUCAUUUAGCAGAUACAAUUGGGAUCAGCAACUCAAUAGUUAAGCAAAGCAGUCACUAUGUGAAACUGCUACUGUGCUUAAGAUCUUACUUCAGUUUUCCUUUGCUUUAUAGAUCUGUGAAGGUCACAAAUGCAAGGACUGGUUGUAAAAUUACUUUUUCAUCACUGUCAUAACUAUGGUUGCUGAACAAGGCAGCAAUUAAACAAGGACUACCUGCAUUGAAAUCUCAUCUAGUAUCCUGGCAUAGUUCAUUCAAAGCCUUUGAUCUGCCUAAGCAUAUUACUGCCCUAUUAUAUAAAGCAAUGAUGGGGCCAAUAUGCUGCCAUAUAGUGAGCAUAUCAUUUCAAUAGGAGACAUUUGUCCUCCCUCUCCCCAAAAAAGCAAACACACAAUCAAAAUUAAAAAGGUACAAAGGUAGUUCCAUCAAAGUCAAUGAUGCUAUAGUAGAAUCUACACACUAAGCAAUAAUUCACUAAAAUAUGACUAAACAUAUGAUUGUUUAAGUAUUGUAGUCAUGUCCGGUAGGCCAUAUGAAUGUAUUAUUUGUACCUUUGGAUUCAAAAGUGAGUUUAAUAAGCUUAUCUUUAUUAGGUAGAAUUUCAUGACUCUGGUAUGGGUAAGAGGCACAAGUCUCUGGUCUGAUCUGUCACUUGUUAGUUUCUGGCAGCAACCAACAAACAAUGAUAAUAAGAUCUGUCAAUGACUGCUUUUACUGAGAUAUGUGAUUCUACAUUCAAGAGUGAGAAGAUGUUUUCAGUCAGGACGGCUAGGUCUCUUGAGAGUGUAUAUUCAACAUUCAGAGGUCUAUUUGUCAUUAAAUGAUUGCCUAUUAUUUUAGAUGGUAACAAUCAAGGCCCUUUCUCUAAUUGUGAAAUCCUGGUAAAAACUUUAUUGCAACUUUUCAGUCCUUUCCUUGUUCAAUCCAUAUUUAAAUAGCUCACUUGGUCUUUAAUGACUAAUUUGGCUCUUUUUGUUGUUGUUGAUUAGUAAAUAAGCUCAGUAUCCAAAGAUCUCAUUUCUCUGUUUGACAUGCAACCAUACUUAGAAUGUCCUUCACAUAUUACAUGUUUAUAAAAUGCAUAUCUAAAAACUAAAUAGUGUGGAAACCACUUGUCUAAGACUAGGAGGUAAGCUGCAGCUGAAUAUAAUAUAGCCUGAGGUUUCAUAUCAAAGAAAAAAUUAUUCGUUGCUGUCUCAUGUGUAGUAUGACUGUUUCACCUAUAACUUGAUGAUCUAUCAAACACAAAGGGAUCUAGUGAAUGAUCUCGCUCAAACCUCUGUGUAAAUAUGGCAUCCUGUUCAUACCUUGCUUUCAAGAUUUCCUCACAAGCAUGAUUGUUUUGUAGAAGCACCUAAUCUGAUGGUACCCUGUUUUGUUUUGGGUUUUUUUUUUACUUGUAUUCUUCUCUACUCUUGAUGAUUUUAAUAAAAGAAAAGGGGAAAACCCCUCUUUGCUCUGGACACUAAUCCACCAGAAAGGGAUGAGGAUUGUUCUCCAUCAAUUGAUCUUCAAAGAGAUCAUGCCCCAACAGUUGACUUAUAAAAGGGCAAGAGAAACUGGCAGCAAGAGAUUUCAGGCCAAUAGUAAUGCUCUGAGAAGUGAUUUCCAAACCAAUUUCCUAUUGACUGGAUUGCAGAUCAGGAGGCUCAGAAGAACAGGUGGUCUUCCCACAUCAGAUAAAGCUCUGAUUUCAGUUCCAGUUUAAAAUGAUUGUAAUUUAAACCCACGGCUUUCCUUUUGUAUGAUGGACUCUGUAUAGCAAUCAUUGUACUUGUAUUUAAAUGUGAGUGAGCACAUGGACACAAGCAAGACUUUGUGAUUUCCUCUCCCAUUUUGAUGGGAUCCUUUAUAAUUUGGCAAUGAAAUGCAUAGUUCUUUUUCUGUUUCUUAUAUGACUUGUCUAUUAGACAUGACCCUAAGAAAAUAUGCCCACAUUUAAGUGAACAUUUCACAGCAAUAAAAUUAAUGCUGAUUUA